UGUGCGCGCCCGUCAGAAACACUGGUAAGUGAUAACCCAGCUGUCCAGUGUCGAUAUAAUCAUCGCUAAAGAAAAAUUUAGGGCUGGUCUCUGAUUAUCACUCUAAUGGAGCAAGAUCCACAGCCAAAAUGGGAAGGCAAGGUCUCAGAAAGGCUACCAAAAGCCACAGCAGAUCAAAUAUGGCCUCUCCUCAACGACUUCUUUAACCUCCACAAAUGGUUUCCUAGCCUUGCCACCUGCUAUGGCAUCCAUGGGACUAAUGGUGAGCCAGGUUGCAUAAGACACUGUGAGGGCUCCUCGAUUCCGUCCACUGACACCAAUACAGAUGGCCACAGUCAGCCUGUUAGCUGGUCCUCUGAGAGAUUAACAGUUGUUGAUCAUGUUGAACGUAGCUUGAGCUAUGAGAUAGUUGACAGCAAUAUUGGGUUCAAGUCAUAUGUUUCAACGGUCAAGGUUGUCCCACAAGGUGAUGAUGGUCAAGAUGGGUGUGUGAUCGAAUGGUCAUUCAAUGUUGAUCCAGUGGCAGGGUUGGUAUUGGAUGAGCUGGUGAGAAAGUAUAAAGUGGGACUGCAGCAAAUGGCCGAGAGACUGGAGGAUGCAGUUAAAGGUUUUUAAUUUUUAUUAGCAGGUUGACUUUGUUGAGAGUUCCUGCUUCAUCUUUUUGGUUGGUAUGCCUUGCUUGCUUCCGCGAAGCUUUCUUUUUAGUUUCUUAUUUGAUGUCUUAGAGUGCAUCACCAUUACACUAUUUUAGUUAAAUAUUAGAUUUUGAUAUUGUAAUAAGUAUUAUGGAUUAUUAUUUGUUUUUGUUUUAUUUUGAAGAACAUUUGAAAUUUUAUGAAA